AGAACAAAUAAUUUUAUUAAAGAAAUGUUGAAGAUGGUACAUGAAUAGGAUAGCUUUGUGGAGAUAUGGGCCAAAGGAUCUGUUUCUGUACUAUUUGACUCUAUGAAUCUAUGGUACACAACACGAUGUUGUCUUUCUUUGUGUCUGCCAUGGUUCAAUUGGAGGCACACUUGCUUGGAAUCAGAAGAGGUUGUGUGUUCAAUUCCCACUUCAGGAGCUGAGCACAGAAGUCCAGGUUGACACUCCACUGUAAUUGUAAGGGUGUGCUACCCUGUUGACAGCCAUUGUUUCAAUGGGUUGUUACAUUUCAAAGCCUAUCUUAAUUAGACAUUUAAAGGUCCACAGUAUGAUUUUGAAGAUGACCUGUGUGUUAUCCCUGAUAUAAGUAUCAGGCAAUGACCAUUUCCAAUAAAGGCCAAUCUAAACACCACUUCUUGACAUUUAAUGGCAUUACCAUUACUGAAUCCCCUGCUAUGAACAUCCAGGGGGUUACCAUUGAUCAGAAACUAAACUGGACUUGCGAUAUAAACACAGUGGCUACAAGAACAGGUCAGAGGCUAGUGCAGUGAGUAACUCAUCUCCUGACUCCCCAAAGCCCGUUCACCAUCCAUAAGGCACAAACCAAGAGUCGAAAACUGGACAGCACGGGUUUAAGGUGAGAACAGAAAGACUUAAAAAGGACCUGAGGGGUUAAUUUUUUCAUGCAGAGGGUGAUGCGUGUAUGGAAUGAGCUACCAGAGGCAGGUACAAUUACAUUUAUAAGGCAGCUGGAUGGGUACAUGAACAGGAAGGGUUUAGAGAGAUAUGGGCCAAAUGUUGGCAAAUGAGACUAAGUCAGAUUAGGAUGUUGGUUGACGUGGACGAAUUGGACUGAACAGUCUGGUUCUGUGCUGUGUUACUCUAUGAAUAUCCAGGUCAAAGCAGCCUGCUUGAUUGCACAACAUCCACUCUCACAUUUCUCAAACAUCUACUACUGACAUUCGGUAACAGCAGUGCGUACUAUCUACAAAAUGCACAGCAGAAAUUCAGCAAAGAUCCUUAGACAACACCUUCUGAACCCACGACCAUUUCCAUCUAGAAGGGCAAGGGCAGCAAAUACAUGAGAACACCAUGAUCUGCAAAUUGUCCCCCAAGUCACUCACCAUCCUGACUUGGAAAUAUAUCAGUGUUCCUUCACUUUCAAAAUCCUGUCAUUUCCUCCCUAACAGCGUUGUGAGUCUACCUUCAGCACAAGGACUGCAGAUCCAACUCCUCAAGAGUAACUAGGGUCCGGCAAUAAAUGCCAGCAUAUCCAGUGAUGCCCAUGUGGCACGAAUGUGUGAAAAGAAGCCUAUGCAUGUCCUCCAAAUAACAUCGCAGGGAAGGAACAGAUUAUCUGGUCGUGAGGUCGCCAACCCAAAGGGUUAAGUCCGUUUCUCUCUCCACGGGUGCUGUCAGACCAACUGAGUUUCUCCAGCAUUUUCUGUUCUGGCAGCUGGUCAUGAAGCUUGUGGGAGCUUGCUGUGCGCAAACUGGCUGCCGUGCUCCCAAACAGGGACUUUAAAAGUAUUUCACUGUCGUAGAGGGCCCCGAGGAACCCCUCUGGGGUGGUGAGACGUGCUAUAUUAGUAUGAUUUUUGUUCUUAUAUUUCUUCCCUUUCGACGGCUCCGAAAUGCCCUUGUUGUUGGGUAGGCCUCUGACGUCAGAGCCUGGCAGGAACCAAGAUGGCGGCGGGCGGUGUUGAGUGGGUGAGAGGAGAGGAUCUCCCGGAGCUUGAAGGCCGCUCCAACUUCUGAUUCCAAUUUCACCUGCCCUCCCCGCCUCCACCAAACCAUUAUUCUCUGCGGGGACGGGGAUUAUGCCUUGUCCCCGAGGCCGGGACCCGAGUGCACAAUGCUGCGUUCCACCGAGUUUUUCCGCAGCAUCGAGUGCCCGUUUUACGGCGGCGGUAGCGGCGAUGGCGGCUCCUGCAACCGGCCUUAUUGUCACUUUCGGCACCGCAGCCAGAAGCCCAGGGAGAAGUCGGAGGGAGACGGGCAGUGUCUAGCAGCCGACCGAGAACAUGGUUAUGAUCCUUAUAAUCCUGAGCUUCCUAAGGGUUCAUCAAGAAAUGGAGAUGGGAUAUCAAGUGAAUUUACAGAAUCCAGCUCCAGUACGCUCGAAUUGGAACUGGUCAACAAAGCCAUUGAGGUUGUCAAGAAUGAAGUUGAACAAGAGCAGAAAAGGCUGUUGCAUUAUGAGGAUCUUUUGGAUACUGAAGAGGAAUAUGUCCCUUCAACGCCAUCUACACAGAAGGCACUUGGCAAGAACAAGAAUUGCACAGAGCUUUUACCUAUUGAGGAUGAGCUGACAAACUCUUUAGAAUAUAAUCCAGACAGUUAUGGUCUAAAUAGCAAUGUAGAGUACACCCCUACUCCACUUUCAGUUACUGCUUGUUUCAGUAAGUAUACUUUGGACACAGACGAUGAAGCUGAUGCAAAAGGUAAUUCAUUAAAAUAUGUUCCAACGCUCUUGAAUAAGCCAGUCAAAUAUUCUACCUCUGUACCCAGUAAUAAAUAUGUAAUUGACAACACCAAGCCAUGCACUGAUUUAGAGUAUGAUCCUUUGUUAAAUUAUUCAGCACGGCUAAUGAACAAAAAAAGGACAAAAGAACCUGGAACCAAGAGGCCCAGCGAGAACAGCUCAGAAGAUUCCUAUACACCUGCAGGAAAGAAGCGUUGCCAUCGCUUGAACUCCAAGAUCUGUGAUGAGGAGAUGGAGUUUUCAGACUCAAGAAGCAAACUUAAUGAUAACUAUCCGCAAAGUCUUGGGGACACUUCAAAGUUUCAAAAUGCUGUGCUUUGUGACACCAAAUCUGAUGAAGGAUUUCCUUCAAAGGCUAAAGAUUUGAAUAAACGAUCAAUGAAAGAGAUUGCGGUUCAGUAUGAUGUAGGUGAUGUUUGCUGUUUUGAAAACAAACGACACGAGAAUAGAGAAAAACAAAAAUUAAAGUCCAGUAGACAUUCAGCUAAGGUUUCAAGAGUUAAUAAAGACAAACUCAAAGGACAAGAGCAUAAGGAUAAAAAGAGUAAAGGUGGUGACCUGAAUGGCUCAAAGCUGAAGGCAUGCAAUGACAAAGUGGGCAGCACGAAAAUCAAAUCUUCCCACCACGCAGAGAAAAAUAACAAAAAGGAGAAAAUAACUUUUGAAAAAGAAAUAAAGCGAGAAAAACAAGGGGAGACAUUUAGACACAAAGAAAGGAAUGGGGAUAAUUCAGUUGUUGAAAAGAAACAGAAAGGAGAUGACAAAAGCAAGACCAAAGAAGAAAAGCAAAAGUUUAAAAAUGGAAAUUCUGAUAGAAAAGUGGAUAAAUCAAAAAUGUGCAAAUCAGAUGAGGUAAGAGGUGAAAACAGAUCAAAAUCUAGAUCGAACAGUUCAUUAGAUAGUGCGGGAAAAAUCAAAUGCCAUGGAGUUAAGAUCACAAGUAUCCAGAAGUCUGACAAAAAUAAUGGCAACUCAAAAUCUAAAGCAUUGAUGCAUAAAAAUGGGAUUCAUGUUAGUAGCAAAAGAAAAGAGGAGAUCAAGGAGUCAAAAUCUAUGAAAGUUAAGACAAAACAUCCAGAAAAAAAAGAGAAAGCAUGCUUAACGAAGCGAACACUCAGUCAUACUGACUUGUUUGGUGAUGACAGUAGUGAUGAAGAAAGUACCAAUAAACCUGCCGCUGCCAUGUCUUGUGAAUUAGAUUCAGACUCUGACCGAGAUCUCUCUGCUAGCACCAGUUCUAGUGAUAAUGAAAAGGGAGAAAGUUGUGUGCAACACUCCAUACCUUCAGAAGAUGAAGAUGAAAUUGAUUUCCCUGGUCUUGAAAAGGAGUUUGAAUUUGAAUCUGAUCCUAUGGAGGAAUGUCUAAGGAUUUUCAAUGAGUCUAAAGAAGUAAAGAAUGAAGAUAAAGGCCGAGUUUCCAAGCAGGUGUCUGUGGAAAGUAAUGAAGGAAAAGAAUCCAGUCUAACCACACUUUUCCCAGGGCAGAAAAGGAGAAUUUCACACAUUUCAAAGCAAGAAAACGUAGAGCCAGCCAAGCCAAUCAUCCGUCCUUUUCGUAGACUUACUGCCCAAGAGGUUUGUUACCAGCGGAGUUUGAUGGCACAGCAGCAAGCGGCACAGCUGGCAGAAGUGGAAAAAGUAGUUAAUACACCUUUCAGCAAUCGAGGGGAGAAGAGACGAAUUGCACAUAAACCAAAAGCAGAUGUUAUGCCCUCGGCAAAACAACCUCCAAUAAAAUUGAAGAUGGAAUCUUUAAGUAGAACAGUACCAUCUCCGAAUUGUCCAAGGAGCAGCAGCCUCAAUUUAAAAUGUCAAACUACUGCUGGUAUGGCAUCAAAAACUGUAUCCACUGCAGCACAGAAGAGGAUAGCUCAUGCUCCCACUUUGAAGUCAAGCUUGAAGAGACCCACAAUUCCAACAGAAUAUGGCUCCAAAGUUCCAACAAAUGUGAGACAGCGAUAUUUGAAUGUCUUCAUUGAUGAAUGUCUGAAAUUCUGUGGGUCCGAAGAAAUAGCCUAUGAAAAGGCUUUAAGUGAAGAGAAGAUGGUAUAUAACCGAAGUACCAGUAGAACAGUAUAUUUGAAUGUUGCUGUAAAUACAUUGAAGAAGUUGAGGAGUCAAAGUGAUGUCAUUCCGUCACCUACAAAGAACACGGUUGCCGUAAGCACAAGCAAGAAAGUCCAGUCGCAUGAAACAUUGCUUGGGGGAAUGUUGGCUAUGAAGACAAGUUUCACACUCAAUAGAUCUGGGAAGCAACAAGAUGUUGAACUGACAGGUGGGUGA